ACUAACCUGUUCUCAGAGAACUUGUCGAUUUCGUACAGAUAAAUAUGACAGAUGUCCCAGAAUCUGACGUAUACAAGCUUUUUAAAAAGUCUAUAGAAAAUGAAAACGUUCAUAUGAUCGGAACAACGGUUGAUACAGGAUUAGAAUGGCAGGCGGUUGACGAAUGCAAAGAAAGAAUUAGUCCAAACUUGCACGUUGUCAAAGAGCGAGGGAAAAUUUACUUCAAUGUCACUUUGGACCAAUUUGCUAAAGUACAAGAAAUGCGAUCGAUUGACAAUAUCUUCUUGAUAUCCGAUGUCCGUCAAUUUCAAUUUUCAAAGGACAAUGAGGAAUCUGAUAUGUCGUUGAUAAAAGACGCUGUGAACAUGGACAUGAAAUUAGAGAAGGGAUUGGAAGCAUGGAAGACCGUUACGUCAUUUAAUGGCAAGCUUUACCCCAAAUUGGAAGAAUUUGAGGAAGCAGAACAACUACACAAAGCUGAAAAAACCAUUGUCGAUGACAAACACAGCGCCCUUACAACUCCCGAUGUCAGAAAAGGAAGAAAAAGAGGACGAGAUCCCUCAAUUUCUAAUGAAAAUGAGAUUCUCAAGUACAGAGUAACUUGCGAAAGAACAGGAUCGCACGCGUUCGAAUCCGGUCAAGUAGCUCGAGUUAUUGGUGGUGAAUUACAAGAUAAAUAUCACUGGCUAGUCGAUCUUACUAUGUACCAUUUGGAGUUCGUUUGCAACGUAAUUCACAAUGAACUGAUAACUUGUUUACGAGUUACUCACGAGUCCAAACAUCGCCGAAACAUCUUACAUUUUGGACCAACCACCCUUCGUGCAACAGUUUGCUACAGCUUAAUAAAACUUGCUAAUCCCAAACAGGGAGAAAUUAUCAUGGAUCCAAUGUGCGGUGGAGGCUCCAUACCGAUUGAGGCAGCAAUCGCUUUUCCGAACACUUACGUUCUCUGUGGAGAUAAUCACGAGAAGGCAGUUGCCAGAACAAAGUCCAACAUUGACGGCCAGCUCGUACCACGAAGCAUGGACUUGGUCGAAUGGAGCGUUUCGGAACUGCCGUUGAAAGACUCCUCCAUCGAUAUCGUGGUUACAGAUAUGCCGUUUGGCAAACGAAGUGGAUCAAUGACUGAUAAUCGCGUGCUUUACAAAAAGUAUCUGGCUGAAUUGGGGCGCGUUUCAAAACUUGGUACGGGACGUUUGGUCCUACUGACUUACGAUCGUCGCAGUAUUCAGCUGGCACUGCAGGUAACGAGUAGCUCUUUCAAAGUGAUAAAAAUGCUCGGCGUGAACAUGGGCGGUCUUCACGCUGCCGUUUAUGUUUUAAAACGAACAAAAUUUCAACAGUACAAUAAAGAGCCAAAUAAAAAAUCAUCCAACGAUGCCGUAGUCUGAUAAAAAAUCAGAUAUGGGAUUCUAAUAUUGUUAAAAAUAUUUUAUUACCACAUGCUGUUUUCUAAAUACAAGCUUGACUAUGAUCGAUUA